AUGGAUUUUGGCCCAGAAGACGACGCUGAAAUUGCAGAGGCCAUCCGUCUCUCCCUUCUCGAAGCUGCCAAUAGCGCCAACAACACACGUGCCAGACAAGAACAACAACAGCAACAGGAGCACCAACCGCCACCACCAGUACAACAACAACAACAAGUAGCAGUAGCUCGUUCUACGAGGAACAUCGAGUUCAUCGACCUCACAGACGACCCAGAGCCAGAAGUCAAGGCCGAAAAAAUAGAGUGGAGAGAGCCUCGGAACAACUAUGAUAUGAGUCUGGACGAGGAGGUGAUGGACGACGAGCAUCUCCAGUAUGUGAAGGCUCUUUCUGCGGCGUCUCAAGAAAUGCGGUCUCAGGAGUCGGAUCUCGAAAGGAGUCUUUCAGCAGCAGCACCAUCAGCGGCGGUGAUGAACGGUGGUGGCAACUACGACUACACCCAGGAGGAAGAGGGCGAAAUGGAUGAGGAUUUCAAGAAGGCCGUGGAACUCUCGUUGGCGUCCUCUAGAUCACCCCCAGCGACCGCUUCACAGGGACCAUUGCGACAGCAUCAGUUACAACCACAACAACCGUUAUCAGCACCUCAGGUGGCAGUUGUAGAGAGGGCACCUUCGUCGCCGGCCGCGAUCUUUGGUAUGAGUCGAGCAGAGAUGGAACUAGAGCGCCAGGAACGGAUCAAGAAACGAGCACUUUCGGAUGGAGCGGUCCCGUCUCGGAAAGUCAGUGAGGACCGGGAACGGAAGCGACGGACCCUUGACCAUCCUACAUCCCCCACAUUCAACAACAGUGUCAGCAGCGCAGGAAGGCUUGGAUCGUCUGCAACACCAACAGCAUCUUCAUCAAAGCUAUAUAAGACAACUUCAGCACCGAUACCCACAUCAUCAACAACGUCAGCAAGACUAUCAUCACCAUCUUCAUUAUCACCAUCGUCAUCAUCACCGUUAUCUGCAUCCAUGUCAGUACCGUUGCGCCCGCAAGCACAACAUGUACCACCACCCAGAAAUCAUCCUACGUCGCUAUCCUCGCCGUCGACCAGCAGAGCCGCAUUCGAGACGUCAUCCUCUUCAUCGGCCGCAUACCCCGCAAAGUACCACACCGCGUCAUUCAGGAACACACACAUUCUUGGAACGGAUCGUGGCAAGUGGGAUGUGCGCUUUCAGGACCUGGUCAACAGGAAUCACUUGACGAAGGCUAUUCUGACGACAAUGGACCUUGACGAGGACUGGCUGAACGCCUACAUCCCCCAUAGCAUCCCACAGUGCCGCGUCAAAACCUGGAAAGCACGAGAUGACCAAGUGAAGGGCUACCAGACAAUCGGAAAGGCGCUGUAUGUGCACCCACCACUCGGAGCGUUUGGCAGUUUUCACGCCAAGCUCAUGGUUCUCUUCUACCCUACUUUCGUCAGAAUGGUUAUUUCUUCCGCUAAUCUGGUGCGCCAUGACUGGGAACAAUUAGUGAACACGCUCUAUGUCCAGGACUUUCAAAUGUUAUCGUCGGACAGCCCUGAGCAGCUGGGAGAGUUUGGAUCGACAUUGCUUGCCUUUUUGACGGCCAUGGAGCUCCCUGACAAGAUAAUCCGCGCCGUGAGACGUGUUGACUUUCGCCCAGCCAAGGUUGUCUUGGUUCCAGCUGUUCAUGGAUGGCACCGGGUUGAUGCUCGUCACACUUAUGGUAUUGCCCGCUUAGCAAAAGUCAUGCAGACAAGGACUACCGAGACUCGGGAAUGGGACAUGGAAUACCAGACGAGUUCAUUGGGAAAACUGACGGUCAAGUUCCUUGCAGAGAUAUACAGGGCAAGUCGUGGAUUCACACCCAGGCCGCGGAUAAAGGUCGAUGUUGAUGAACGAGUCCCGCCCAUUAAAAUCAUAUUCCCUACGCAGGAUCAUGUCGCGAACAGCCGACUGGGAGAGCUUGGGGCAGGAACUGUUUGCUUGAGGCGCGAGUUCUGGAACUCGAACGCGUUUCCGAGAAUCGUCAUGCACGAUUUCGAGCUUGUAGGGCGGCACCAAGGCUCCUUGAUGCACACCAAAGUGAUACUGGCCAAGGCAGCACAGCCAAAGCAGACCCUUAGCAGCCGACCACCGCCACAGUCGGAUGAUCCUAGGAAGCUGGCGGGCUGGUUCUAUGUCGGGAGCGCGAAUUGCACGGAAUCGGCAUGGGGCACGAUGUCGAACAAGCGGAGCGGGGACUUGCAAGGGCUGUGUAUCAAUAUCCGCAACUGGGAGCUCGGCGUGGUGUAUAUGAUUGAGACGGAAGACGAGAUGGAAGAACUGAAUCGGAGGUACCGAGGCAGUGGACGUGGCGCGGACGAUGAACCCGACCAAACAUUCUUUGGACCGUUGCCUAUCCCCUACCGGCGGCCGGUGCCACAGUACUAUGCCGAGGAUGAGCCCUGGUCUGAUCUCUUGCAAUAG